AAAAACUCGCGCACGUAGAAAAUAUAGAAAGAAAAGAUAUUAAGAUAUAGAGGAUCGAAAUUCUCCGAAGAAGACUCCGUCGUCGUCUUCAAAUUCUUGGAUACGCUACCCUGCUGGUUUGUCAAUCCUCCAAUCUCAUUUCUGCGCAACUCAAAUCACAGAAGAAGAAGAAAAAGAACAACAAGAAGAGAGAGCAGCAGAUCGAUCACAUCCCUCGGAUCUGAUCUCAUGGCCUUCUCCAGUUCCCCUUAUCGCCUCUACUCUGUUCUUUUCUUCCUGUCCAUUUCCAUCUCCUCAUGCCUCGCCGAGAUUCGUUUCUCCCAGAUCCGAUCCGACGGCCGCCCAGUUAUCCCCUUCGACGAAUUCGGGUUCACUCACACUGGCCGCCUCGAGCUCAACGUGUCUAAGAUCUCCUUCUCAAACCCUGUCCCGCCGGAUGUCGACCUCUCCAGGGUUGGGUUCUUCUUCUGCACCAAGGAGACCUGGCUUCACGUCCUCCAGCAAUUCGAGACCAACCAGAUCUCCUGUGCUCUGCAAUCGGAAUUCGUGAAGGUUGUGUACCCCUUCAGCCGCCUCAAUGGAGCCAAGAGUUUCGAUAUUGUGUUCUCCGAGACCGUUGACGAUCAGUUCUCGCUCCUCUUCGCCAAUUGCCCCCAGCAGUUUCGGAUCUCCAUGGAUGUUCGCUCUGCGAUGUAUAAUCUCGAGGGAGCGAGCGAUAGCCGGGACUACUUAUCGGCCGGCAGGACGGUUCUUCCGAAGAUUUACUAUAUGUUCUCCUUGAUAUAUUUUGGUCUGGCUGGUUUGUGGAUUCACGUACUCUACAAGAAGAGAUUGACUGUUUUCGGAAUUCAUUUCUUUAUGCUCGCUGUAGUGAUCUUGAAAGCUCUGAAUCUUCUAUGCGAAGCAGAGGACAAAACUUACAUUAAGCGAACCGGUAGCGCGCACGGCUGGGACGUGUUGUUCUACAUAUUUAGCUUUUUGAAAGGAAUCACUCUGUUUACGCUCAUCGUGUUGAUCGGCACGGGGUGGUCGUUUUUGAAACCUUACUUGCAGGACAAGGAAAAGAAGGUUUUGAUGAUCGUGAUUCCUCUCCAGGUGGUAGCGAACAUUGCUCAGGUUGCGAUCGACGAGUCCAGGCCGUACGGGCAAGAUUGGGUCACUUGGAAGCAGGUGUUCUUGCUGGUCGACGUGGUUUGUUGCUGCGCGGUUCUGUUUCCGAUUGUGUGGUCGAUCAAGAACAUGCGGGAGGCGGCACGGACGGACGGGAAGGCGGCAGUGAAUUUGAUGAAGCUGACUUUGUUUCGGCAUUACUACAUUGUGGUUAUCUGCUACAUUUACUUCACUAGGGUUGUCGUGUAUGCUCUUGAGGCCAUCACCUCCUAUCGGUAUCUUUGGACCAGUGUGGUGGCUGGAGAGUUGGCGACAUUGGCAUUUUAUGUGUUCACUGGGUAUAAGUUCAAGCCUGAGGCGCACAAUCCAUAUUUUGUGGUAGAUGAUGAGGAGGAAGAAGCUGCGGCUGAAGCUUUGAAGCUUGAAGAUGAAUUUGAAUUGUAAUGUUUUUCUCAAUAGAGUUCACCUUAAUGGUGAUUGAAGGAGAUGAUACAUUGAUCCGUUUGGCGAGGUCCAGGUAGAAACCUGAUCCUUGUUGUAGAUUUUUGGUUCAAGUUGACUGCUACAGGCACAAACAAAUCAUCUUAAUGUGCGUUUAUGUUUCUGUUUUGUAAGUUGUUGAUGUUUUGUGCCUAUGUUCUCUUGAGAUACUAGCAUGGUUUCAUAUACUAUCAUAAAUGUCUGUGAUUUAGGUAGUAUGUGUUAAGUACCAGUUCGUGUAAGCCUGAAGAUGAUUUCUACUCAAGUUGUGAAUUUUCUUUUCCUA